AUGGUGGGUCAAUUGUGGAUUUGGAGAAUCGACUCAAAUACCCUCGUUACAGCCCUGCCGGAGAGGUGGCACGAAGGGCCGGAAAUGACUCUGCUUGACAAGAUUGCGACACACAUCGCCGAGUGGCCUCCGCGGCGGCUUGAGGAGAUGACGGAGAUGAUUAUUGAGGUAGCCACGACCUUUAUCGAUGCGCCGGCUAACUCUGGGUUUGAUACCAACGUGUUUGAUAUCUUUGAGGAGAGCAUCGCGAUGAUGGCCGACAAGGAAACACGGGCCUACAAGACCUUUUACAAGCAGCAAGAGACGUGUGCACGGCUCAAUGGCAAAAUCCGAGACAGGCAGCCUCUAACAGAAGGGGAGAGGGAGGUGUUGCGCAAGGCGGAAGACGACGUGUGCGACAUACUGGAGGAGACGCGAUACCUGGAGGAGAUCAAGGAUAUCUGCGACGAGCUCAAGAUGAUUGAGAGGGUGUUUGAAGACCAGGCCAACUUCUUGACGGCGUACGACUCGUCGACGCCUUGGCCGCAACCGGUGCUGGAGCUCGAUAUCUGGGUGUUUAGGAGGCGGAAGUUGACGAUGCUGAGGGUGGAGGCGGAGGUGGUGGAGCAGUCGCUCCGGACCCUUUUAGAUCUGAAGCAGAAGCAAGGGAAUCUCAACGAAGCGAGGGACACGAGAAAACUAGCGGACAACGCGGAGCAGAGGGCGCUGGAGGGGGAGAGGCAGUCCCAGAUGAUCUUCAUCUUCACCGUCGUCACCGUCAUCUACGUGAUGAUUGCGGAAACGAGGGCCUCGCGAUUCCUUACCGACAUACCGAGCGACUACUUGCAGGUGUACUGCUGGCCGGUAGCCAUGAGACUACGCCAUUACAUUCACUACUAG